UCUGUUGGUAAAGAUGCUCAUCAGCGAGGAGGACGGUGCGUCGCUAUUCGGAUGCAUUUUUCUGGACUUUUCCGCCUGUCAUGAGCAUGCGCCUUCUCCCCACUCUCCAAAUCUUUUUGUGUCCGCGUGAAAUUGAAGGGAGGAAAAAACGCAAUGAGAGGAAAAUACUUUCUCCUGGGCUUUUUGUUGCUCAAACUUAUGGCUCUCGUGUGCAAGGCUGACGGGGAGCCGGGACAAAUCCUUGGGGGAUUUGUGAUGAUCGCCACCUCCAACGGCUCGGCCCGGGAGGAGGAGAGCGUCUCGGAGGAGACGCCGCACUCCGAGGACCAGUGCCGGGGCUACUACGACGUGAUGGGCCAGUGGGACCCGCCGUUCAUCUGCAAGACGGGCAACUACCUGUACUGCUGCGGCACCUGUGGCUUCCGCUUCUGCUGCUCCUUCAAGCACUCGCGGCUGGACCAGAGCACCUGUAAGAACUACGACACCCCGGUGUGGAUGAAGACCGGACAGACCCCUUACAAAAAAAUCAACAAGGUCACCGACACCACCAAAGACAAGACGAACUUAAUUGUUUAUAUCAUUUGUGGAGUAGUGGCCAUCAUGGCCCUCGUGGGGAUUUUCACCAAACUGGGACUGGAAAAGGCGCACCGGCCCCAGAGGGAGAACAUGUCCAGGGCCGUGGCCAGCGUCCUGCAGGGCGGGUGUCCAGCUGAGCAGUUCCGUGGGGAAGAGGCCCUCGGGAUGCAUUCGCAGCACUUUGUGUCUAGGACUGCAAACCUCCAGGGUGGCCAGAUUAACAACAAUGUGGGAGCGAGCUCCGGCAUGGGCCAGCAGCACACUCACCCUGCCCUCAGCCAGCUGGCUCAUGUGUACGAACAGCAGCAGCAGCAGCAACAGCAGCAGCAGCAGCACAACAAAGAUCUCAACAAGUACGCCACCCUGAAGGCUGUAGCUGCCAAGUACAACGGCGAAAUCUACAACAAGCGUCGGCUGAUGGUAGAGUUGCCACCGAAAGGCAGCUUUCCUCUCCAACCAAUGGGUAACUCCAGACCCUCCAUGGGCAACAUGCCGUCAAUGACUACAAUGACCUCCAACCCUAUGGCUUCGAACCCUAUGAGCUCCAAUCCCAUGAACCCCACCAUCACGCAGAUGACUUCAUUGGCCCAAAUGGCGUCUAUGACACCCAUGACAUCUAUGACACAGAUGACUACGCUAACCCCGAUUACCUCCAUGACGCCUAUGACCUCCUUGGGUCCACUGGCUCCUGAACCAGUGGCCACUUACAUCACUGAGAUGCCCAGUAUCUCGUCUGUCUCCACACUGCCAACAGAGAGGCACAUAGCCGGUGGAGGAGGAGGAGGGGUCCUCAAGCCAAAUGGUCAGAAACCUAAAAGCAGUCAUAGUCACAUUGCUCACACCUCUCAUAGCUCUCACAGUUCUUACACUCAUGCUCACAGCCACAGUAGCAAGCCACCAGGACUUGGGGUUACGUCCCUGGCACAUAUGUCAGGGACCAUGCCAGGUGGUACAUCCCUCGGCCUCUCAAGGGCUGCUCAGACCGCCUUUGGCUCAAGCUCGGCAACGAUGGGCCGCCCAUUGACGUACAGUUCCAACACAAUUGCAGCCGGGCAUACAAUGGGGUUUGGCAUAAAGGGUUGGGAUGGGACUGAAACGGUGGGCAGGAGGAAGAUCUACGGGCACAAGAGGCCCCAGUGUACCGUCCUGGAGCCGAAUCAGCUACACAGUAACAGAGGCCACAGUCACAGCCAACACUUCCUCCCCACGCAGCCCUAUUUUGUGACCAACAGCAAGACAGAGGUAACUGUUUGAGAGAACACGAAAGAGAAGAAAAACGAGGGGAAAUAAUGCAUGAACAGAGUCGCCAAGUUCUGGGGUACUCAGAGGUGCAGAUCUCCACGUGUGUUUGUGUGAAGAAGCUGAGGCUCGUUGAGACAGUGUAUCCGGGUGGUUAUUGUUUAAUAAGCUCACCAAUCAAAUCACUCAAAAGACCUUGAUAUUCAGGAGGAUGGUGUCCCAGUUGUUGGCACCGAUAACAAUGCUUACGCAAGAGCCUAAGGAGGAGGAACAUCUGCAUUCUUGAAGUGAUGUUAAAGUGCUGUCUUACAGCUUAAAUCGGCUCUGUAAUGAUGUCUGAGUAUUAAGGUAUGCUAUAAGCAAAUGUCAAAGAGGGUAACUGCUGAAAAUGAAAUGGAUUAGCUUCACAAACCAAACCUGAGAAGCAAUAUAAUGGAUAAAGCACUAAAACAUCAUGGAAAAGAAGAAAAUACAACAUGUUUACCCCAACAGGAGCUUUUCUCAUCUGCCAAAUAAAGAGUGGUUUGGAAGAAAAGGCAUUCCCUCAUGAUUCACACCCAAAUCUC